UCUCAGAAGACGUGUUUCAGUUCCCACUUGGCUACAGCUGGGCCAGCGUCAGCCACAUCCUUCCUCCUGCCAAAUGAUUGGCGGUCUGAGCUGUCCGUCUGAAUACGGUAGUUGCUCAAAGUGAAAGCUACGGAAACGACAAAUUCAGGAGAGAGCUCUAGGAUGGGAUCUUUCCACAACAGCCAGAACAUCAACUCCACUCUUUCAGAGACGAAACUCCACUCCUGGAGACAAAUUGUAUGUUGGAUCAUAGACAGUACCUGGAAAAAACUUCAGAGUCCGUUGUUCACUGCAGGAAUAGUGACAUUAUUAUUGAGUUCAUUGUUUAUCAGAGGACCUUACACAUGGGUACAAUAUUUUCUAAAGUGGCCACUUAGGAUAAGAAACAGAAAGAACAUUGCAAUUGGUCCUUUAACUGAUCUUUUGGAAUACGGAAGAAUUGAAUGGAAGGGAGGUACCGCUCAAGCUGAACAAAUGAGAAAGGCUUAUGAAGAUAUUUAUUUGGUGCACAACAUGAAAAACUUGCGAAAAAUCAGAGGAGAUAACUACUGUGCAUUGAGGGCAGUUUUAUUUCAGAUUCUCAGCCAGGGUUUACCUCUUCCAUCAUGGAUAAGAGAACAGGAUGUAACUAAGAUUCCUGAAAGAGUAUUUACACAAGGCUGCAACUGGGUACAGCAGUACAGUUUUGGUCCUGAGAAAUACACUGGGAAUAAUGUGUUUGGAAAACUACGCAAGUACCUGGAAUUUCUUAAAGUGCAGUGGAUCAACAUUCAUGGAAUUAAAGACCAAGGGAAAAGAAUAGAAAUAUGUAUGAAAUUAUUCAGUGAGCAGGAGAAUGAAUACAAGAUGUUUGAAGCAAUGAAAUUUCUUAUGUUGUAUGUUGUGGUUGAGCUUUAUGACGACAUGAAAAAUGGAGAAGACGUUCCCAGCUUUUGUUCUUUUCUCUUCGCUCGUGAUUCUUCACCUGAUCCUUUAAGUUUCAUGUUGAACCACCUCAACUGUGUUGGUGACACAGGUGGACUGGAGCAGAUUGAAAUGUUUCUCCUUGGAUUCACACUCAAUUUGAAGAUCAAAACCUUCAGACUGUAUAAAUAUGGCACUGAAGAAUUUGAAUCUUGUUAUCCUGUAAGUUGCCAUAGAGAAUGGCAUGAAGUUCUUCUUCUGACGGAGGAUGACCGGCAUUAUAAUGUUCCUAUUGCCUGGAGCUGAAUUAUGUUAGUGAGAUGUUGAGGAAACAUUUUAUCCCCAAUGUAAAUGUCUUGGAUAUUUAUAUUGGCUUAAUGUUAUGAUGACCAUACAAACCUUGUAGCAGCAAAGUAUUACUUAAAUUUUGCAUUGAAACACUUUUUUUGGAUGAAUUUGUAAUUUUACCAAAUGCUACAAGUCUGAAGGUGUUCUGUAAGAUGCAAAUCUUUAUCUCAAGAAUGAAAAACUCAAACUCGUAAGCAAAAAUAACACAUUUUAUAAAGACUGAACCAAUUGAAGUUUUAAAUCUCUCUUGCUGCCAUAUUUUUUCCAAGUUUCUGCACACUAAUAGCGAAUUAAGUUUCUUAUCCUCCUCCACCAAUAUUUAUCCGUGUAGGGUGAGGCCCACAUCAUGUGAAAAGCCUGACUCUGAAGGUUGAAAUCAGGUGUACUUCCUCAUGGAUCUCUGGGGGCAUCAAACAUGGUGCCAAGUCAUAUUUGCCUCCUUUUCCCUCUCCUUGCCCUCUCAAAUCAAGCUGCCACUCAUGUCACCAGGCCUUGCCAGGUUGGCCCAGGCAAUACUCAAAUGUACCUGAAAGCUUGGACUCCUCUUUGUUGAUGCUGGCUGUAGUUGCAGCAGUUAUCACUGCUCCUGCCUGUUGCUACUGGUACUAGAGCUUGCUGGCCAAUCAGAUGAACUGGAGCAACUUUCCAAAGUGGGAUUUCCUCAUGAGUCAGUGUCUUGACUGAUAUCACUUAAAUUGAUCCAGGGAACCAGUCCGGAUUGUGGGCAUGUUUGCUCCCAAGUCAUUGGCUAGGGAUCAGAAAUCAUAGCACCCUAAAAUACCUGAAUUAUUGUAACUUUUUAUUGGCCUGCCUAACAUCAUUAUAGGAGCACCAUUACUACAAGCAGUGAUUCAAGGAGAAGGCUUAUCAUUUUCUCUCCGAAGAUUUAGAAUGGGAAAUGAGAGAGGGCAAGUUAGCUUGAACAAAAGAAUAUCUUGUGGCGUUGACACUUAAUGUAUCUUCCUGCUUCCAUGUGAUAUCUCACUUCUAAAGUUGACCAUUAAUUUCAGUCAAGCUGCAUACAAAAUUUUCAGUUUAAUAUUUCAUCCAAUACUUUGCAUUUCAAAUUACUUAGCACUCCCAGUAAUGCAUUGAAAUUUCAGCUUUUACACAUUAUAUUCUAGGUCCUUUGCAUGUAUCCUGAACAAACGUCUUUAUACCUCUGAAUAGAAUGCAACCACUUGGACAAACUAAGUUCCGAAGGCAUGGUUUUAUUUUGGAUGGCAGGGUUUCUGCACCACCGCCUGAAGUGCUGGGAGGAAACAGUUUCCCCACUGACCACAGCAGUCCUGUAACUAUUGAAGGCUCCAAGGAGCAUUAAUUAUAUGGGAGGCAAUGGCCUAGUGGUAUUAUCGCUGGACUGUUAAUCCAGAGACCAGGAUAACAUUCUGGGGACCGGGGUUCAAAUCUUACCACAGCAGAUUCCAGUGGAAUUUCAAUUCAAUAAAAAUAUCUGGAAUUAAGGAUCUAAUGAUGACCAUUGAUUCAUUGUCGAUUGUUGGGAAAAACCCACCUGGUUCACUAAUGCCCUUUAGGGAAGGAGACUGCCAUCCUUACCUGGUCUGGCCUACGUGUGACUCCAGACCCACAGCAAUGUGGUUGACUCUGAACUGCCCUCUGGGAAAUUGGGGUUGGACAAUAAAUGCUAGUCAGUGACGUCCUCAACCCAUUAAUGAAAAAAAGUUGACAUAAGCAGAAUAGCCCAACCUUGCUCUUAAUUGAUAUGUGUGUAUGUUUAUCCUUCGAGAAAGCUAGGAAGGGGCAAUAAAAGUGGCCAAGAAAUCCUGGACUCCAAGACCAAGUAAGUGCUCAGGUCUUGCAGUAGGUACCGGUGGUGAGGUUUGGCUCCAGGAUGGUGGGAAAAGAUGGAUGGGAGGUCUUCAUGGAUUAGCUGGGGGAGAAGCAUGUGUGGAAACAGAUAUUAUGGGGCAUCCAAUAUUAAAAAAGCCCCUUGAUUCAAGGCCCACGCAGACUGACCUAUUGGUCACCCUAUACUCCUGAACUCAUUCUAAUGUGGGCCUCAAAAUUGAGGUUAGCCGGGAAGCGGCCCACUUGGGGCGAGAAUUAAUGAGCCUUAAAUAACCACCCCGCACUUGUAAAAUUGUGGACAGGCUGGAGGCACGCAUGAGAGCCAAUCAUGAAAUUUUGGGUGUCCUCCCUCUCAGUAAGGGUCUAUAAAAUUCUGCCCUAAUGCUUGUUUUCAGUCUUAGUUUGCGGUGCUGUUGAUCUGAUUAGUUGAAAAUCUAUGACAACUACGUUAUACUUUGUUUCUGUAUUUAAAACUUAACACCAAUAAUCCUCUACCAUUGAGGCGUUGCUCAUUCAUUUUGCAUCAUACUUGACAGUGGUUCAAUACACAAGACAGUGAAAUAAAUAAUUUUGUAUUUUGAUGAAAUGACUGUACGUAAAACAGUAUUGUGUUCAUGGUAAAGCUCUUUGUUUACGUGACAUUGUAAAAAUGGUAGUUUUUCUUUUUGUGACUUGCAUUUGUUUCUUGCUGUAUUCUUUUCUCUUCACACCCGACCUGAAACAUUGUCCCUUCUGAGAGAAAAAAAUGGUUACAUUACUUUAUUACUUAGAUCAAUCUUUUAGAUAGCCUAUUCUUUUGUAAGUGUCCCAAUAUUGGUACUAGUGAAAACACCAGCUUUCAGAGGAGUUUUUGUUUGUUUGUUUCUUGAUGGCAACUUGGAAAAUGUUUGUUUCUACAGAUGAGUUUUCCAUAUUUGCAGUGAAUUUAUUUAGUCACAGGGGUUAGAGGAAUUUAUGUGAUAUUUGAACAUUUAGAUGAUAUAUUAUAAACAAAUGAACAAGAAAAAUAUUUUUUAAAAGAUUAGAUACUUGUAUAUGUAAAAACUUAUUUCCAUUUCUUUCUCUAUUUCUUUCACUCUUAGAAAUAUGUGGUGGUGACUUGAACAUAAAUCAUUUAUGUAUGUAAUACUUCUGUAUAUUUUGUUCACAAAGUUUUAUGCUUCUAAUAAUGAAAACUGUUUGCUACUUUUAACAUUAACUUUAAGUUGUGGAUAAUUAUACAUUCUUAUGCUGUCAACAAAAGCUCGUUAUUUCUUAAAGGAGGAUAGUCAUUUGGAGUGAAUUUUCUAGUUAAGCUUGGUGCUAAGCUUGCGGCAUUUAAUACAAAACUGCAUAAUUGCAUUUUUUACAAAUUGGUUUUAAAAUUGUGUACUCAAUUUUUCUUGGCGAGUAUAAGUUAAAGCAUUUGUUUUGAUGUAUUUGAGUAUUUGUUGGAUUAACAUGUUGAAAUUGGCCAUGAUUAAGAAAGUAUUUUUAAAAUC